AUGAUUUGGGAAGAGAUUCUGUCAGAUGAGAUAACGAGCUACAGCUUUACAAGUUCAGUCUGGCGAGGAGUGGUGCCUUCGAGAAUUGAGCUUUUUGGAUGGUUCGUGCUUGUUGGUCGAGUGAAUACCAAAGAGAGAUUAAGUAGGCUAGGCGUUAUUAUGCCCAAUGAUAAUAUCUGUGUUCUUUGUAAGAAGGAGGUAGAAUCGGUCAAACAUUUGUUUCUUCUAUGUGACAUUACAUGGCAGGUGUGGUGCAGUUGGCUGAGGAGAUUUGGGGAGGAUUGGGCUAUUCCUGGUACCAUUAGGGAACUGUUUGAGAGUUGGACUGGUAGGCAUAAGCAAAAACAGGAGCAGAAAAGGUGGCUUAUUGGGUUUUUCACAGUGAUCUGGAAUGUCUGGGUGGAACGUAAUGCGAGGAUCUUCAAUAAUAAAGAAGCAGGUGUUGACAUAGUAAUAAAGCGGACAUUUCUGAGCUAUGAAGAAUGGACUGAUAGUGAUCAUUUCGGUAGUUGA